AUGGCAGAAAAUGGGACUCCAUCUCGGUCUGGACGGCCUUCAAUCGCUGUUUCCCCUGCUCGGUCCCCUUCCGCGUUAAGGGACUUAAGCGGCUCUCAAAACGAGCAAUCCAGAAUCGGUUACUUUUCCCACUAUACUCCUUUGGCAGUCGCGGAAGAAUCAAUUAUGAGUGUCAUCCUAUGUACCGCGGGGUAUGACCAUACCAUUCGCUUUUGGGAAGCACUCUCUGGCAUUUGUUCGCGUACCAUCCAGCAUCCUGACUCCCAGGUCAACCGCCUGUGCAUCACACCGGACAAGCGAUUCCUGGCGGCAGCCGGCCAUAACAAUGUAAAACUUUUUGAUAUCAAAUCGACCAAUCCCAACCCUGUGAUUACCUUUGAAGGUCACACGAAUAACAUCACCGGCGUCGCAUUUCACUGCGAAGGCAAAUGGAUGGUCACCAGCUCCGAGGACGGAACCGUGAAGGUUUGGGAUACCAGGACUGGUAGCUUGCAGCGCAAUUACGUGCACAAAGCGGCUGUCAAUGACGUUGUCAUUCAUCCCAACCAGGGUGAGCUCAUCAGCGGUGACCACGCCGGUAUGGUCCGUGUCUGGGACCUGGGCGAGAGCGUUUGCACCCACCAAUUGAUUCCAGAGGAGGACACGGCAGUCCUCAGUGUCAGCGUGGCUAGUGAUGGAUCUUUACUCUGCGCUGGAAACAAGAAGGGAAAUGUCUACUUAUGGCGCAUGGUUCAAACUGACGAGACCACUCGCAUCAUCCCAGUUUGCACUUUCCAGGCCCAUAAAGACUACCUCACCCGCGUUCUCCUCUCUCCUGAUGUGAAGCACCUCGCAACAUGCUCUGCCGACCACACCGCCAAAGUAUGGAACCUUGACGGCGAUUACGCACCCGCCAAGGCUGUCUUGAAGCAAUGGAAAGAGAAGGAGGCUUUGAACCCACCUGUGCAGACACCAACAGAAGAACCAGUGGCCCCUGUCGAGACACCCACACAGUCUCGUGAUCUCCUCCGCAUAUUCGACACUCCCGCCCAAGACCGGGAUCUUCUCCGUAUUACUGAUAACCCGCCUCGGCAGGAAACCCCGCAGCAAACAUUUACUUCAUCUCCUGACGGGCCUCCAAUGGACCCAGUCAACCACACGUUGUUCCUAGAGACCACACUCGCCAACCACCAGCGCUGGGUGUGGGACUGCGCGUUCUCUGCAGACUCCGCUUACCUAGUGACCGUCUCUAGCGACCACUACGCUCGUUUGUGGGAACUCGGCACUGGAAACAUCAUCCGCCAGUACAGCGGUCAUCACCGCGGGGCUGUUUGUGUUGCGUUGAACGACUAUUCCGAGCCUCGUUGA